UUUAAAGUUUUCUUUCGUCUUUUCUCUGCAUUGGUAAGAGCAGCGCAUUUUUUUCUCUGUCGCUUUCCGCUGAUUUUUUUAUUUAUUUAUUUAUUUAUUUUAACGAGGCUAUAACGGAUCCGCUCUGAGGUCUACAAUGUAGCGCUUUACCGGAAAGUAAACGAACUACGUCAAGAAGCAUUUCGUUUCACCCAACGCAAAAAAAAUUGUGAUUUUGGGAAAGAGAGCAAGAAAGAAAGCAAGAAAGAAAGAAAGAAGGGAGGAAAGAGUAGAAUGGAUGAUCUCGGUGAGCUUGACCCUCCUUACUCCCCUCUCAGUCCUCGUAUUGUAAUUUUUGAUGCCCUGCUUGCUGAUUUAGAGACCACUGCGUCUCAUAUUUCGAAGCAUCCUGUCCUUCCCUCCGACCCCCUCCUUUUGGGACCCCAGGCCAGCCCCCCGGACUCGGACCCCGUCCUGACCCCCCACAGCAAUGGGACCCCACAGGACCUUGCCGAAAUGCGCCCCCCUCCCCCUGCCUACACCCCUCAGCAGACCGUGUCGUCAGCUAUGAAGUCAGGAACUCAGUCUAGAACUGGAGACCCUGAACGGCUAUACAGCACGGUUUGCAAACCCAAGUCCCCGAAAUCGAAGGACCCGCCCCCCUUCACCUCCGCCUCCGUGCUGGGAGGCGGUCUGACUGAACUGGAUCACCUCCUGCAGGAGCUCAACGCCACCCAGUUCAAUAUCACUGAUGAGAUCCUGGCCCAGUUCCCCAGCAGCAAGACAGACGAAGGAGAGAAACUGAAGGAGUUCCAGGCAGCGGCAGGGGGGCCCAACAAGCACAGAGAGGAGCCGGGCAGAGACAAGACAGCGCCCCCUACCGCCAACUCCAGCUCCACCCAAAUGGUCAAGCCGACCGCCACUUCAGCCACUCUGGAACUAGACAAGCUGAUGGCUUCUCUGUCCGACUUCAAGGUCCAGAGCAACCCCUCUGUCUCUCUCCCCCUGCCUUCCGUGCCCCUCUCCCCCUCUCCAUCCACCUCUAUUCCCAUCCCAGGAUCUAUCUCUCCCUUCUCACCUCUCAGGCCCUCUCUCUCCCUCUCGCUUUCUGAGGCAGGGGGAGGGGGGGUGGUUGUUUGGGGUGGCCCUGUCUGUCGCCCCGCUGCUAUCCGCCCCUCCCAGAGCCCCGACACUGACCCGGGUCGCCCCUUGCUGUUUACAAUGGGGCAGUGCAGCCCGGCGGAGGGAUUCGGGGCUUUCAGAAAGGUGAACCGGCAAAAAGUAGGUCUUGGAUACGUGGAGGUGAGGAGAGAGGAGACGAGGCUCUCCGCUUCGACCACACAGGCAAGCAGAGGAGAGGGAGAGAGAGCAGUGCAUCGUGGGGCAGUGGGGGAGUUGCUGUCGGUUUUGGGUGCAAGUUUGUGUGACCCCGGCCUCUUGCCCCCCCGGCAGGAGUCUAGAGUGGUUUGGGACCCCCUGGAGCAGCAGACACGGGCGCCCCAAAAUCUGACUCCCACCCUGACCCAUUCUCCCUCUCCCUCUCCUUCUCUCUCUCCUUCUCCUUCACCCUCUCACUAUCCUUCCCUCUCUCCUACCCGACUGGGGCUGUCGUUCCCUUCUCACAAAACCCCGCCCACUAACUACAAACCACACCCACAGACCACGACCGCACCGCCCACAUUCACACAAGCCCUUCCUUCAUCUGGACAAGCCCCACCCAUGUCAUUCCAGCCCAAUCCUGCUUGCACAGAACCUGUUCACACACUAACCCCUCCCACUCACACAGAGGUCCCUCCUUCUCCCCUGAGGCAAGCCCCGCCCCCUGCCCUCUCGUUCUCUGAUGUCGGCUGUCAGGUUGACCUCUGUGAUGCACCUUGGGAUUGGCAAUGCAAGCCGACGCCCCCUGCCGCUCAGCCAGUGGUGACCUCAUCGCGCCCUUCAGCCCCGACCCCUCAGACCAGCGGCUCAUUGGACAUCAUGCUGGGGCUCCUCCAAUCAGAUCUCUCACGGCAGGGCAUCGCCACCACGGCCAAGGGGACCUGCGCAGCCUGCCAGAAACCCAUCGUCAGCCAGGUGGUCACAGCUCUGGGACAGACAUGGCACACGGAGCACUUCGUUUGCUCUCACUGCCAGAAGGAGAUCGGCGGCAGCAAUUUCUUUGAGAAGGACGGGGCUCCGUACUGUGAGAGCGAUUACUUCAGCCUCUUCUCUCCUCGCUGCAAAAUGGUGACGGCGCUGGACAGGAACUGGCACCCGGAACACUUCUGCUGCGUGAAGUGUGGCCGCCCCUUCGGGGAGGAGGGGUUUCACGAGCGCGAUGGCAGGCAGUAUUGUCAGCAGGAUUUCUUCUCCAUGUUCGCCUCUCGUUGUCACGGCUGCUCCAAACCCAUCCAGGAGAAUUACAUCUCCGCUCUGAACAUGCUGUGGCACCCGGAGUGCUUCGUGUGCAGGGAGUGCUACACCCCCUUCGUGAACGGCAGUUUCUUUGAGCACGAGGGGCAGCCCCUGUGCGAGACUCACUAUCACCGCUGCCGCGGGUCUCUGUGCUCCUCGUGCGAACGCCCCAUCACUGGUCGCUGCAUCACUGCCAUGGGGACCAAGUUCCACCCGGAGCACUUCGUCUGCGCCUUCUGCCUGAAACAGCUCAACAAGGGCACCUUCAAGGAGCAGGGAGACAAGCCAUACUGUCACUCCUGCUUCAUCAAGCUCUUUGGAUAGGCGGAGAGAGGCAGGGAGAGGGAGAAGGGAGAGGGUGAGGGGAGGAGAGGAGAGGAGGAGACAAGCUCUACUGUUACCCCUGCUUCAUCAAGGGUGAGGGGAGGGGAGGGGGAGAGGGGCAGAGGAGAGAAGCAGAUAAGCCCUACUGCAACCCCUGCCUUAUUAAACAGUUCAGAGGUAGAGAGGGGGAAUGGGAUAGAGGAGGAGGAGGAGAAGGA